UCCAGCUGUAAGCUCUCACGUGGACGAAGCCAACUAACUUAACUACGAGCAGUGCUUCGUAUUUCAUAGCUGUAGAUUUCCUGGUUGGGUUUGGACGUGAGGUGUUUGGGAAGCCGAAUUAAUCAUUAACAAUUUCCUCUAAUUCAAAUUUUGUGUAUAUUUAAGUAAAAUGAUGUAUUUACUUUCAGCUCUACUGAUUCUCCCACUGGUAUGUUGUAAAACAAAUCCAUAUUUCAAAGAACAGUUUAAUGAUGGAGAACAAUGGGAAGAAAGAUGGAUUCAGUCUGAACACAAAGGUAAAGAGUGGGGAAAAUUUGUUCUGUCAGCUGGAAAAUUCUAUGGUGAUGGAGAACUGAAUAAAGGAAUUCAGACAUCCCAGGAUGCAAGGUUUUAUGGCAUCUCUUCCAAGUUUAAUGCAUUCAGCAAUGAGGACAAGCCCUUGGUACUGCAGUUUUCUGUGAAACACGAGCAAAAUAUCGACUGUGGUGGAGGUUAUAUCAAACUUUUUGAUUGUAGUUUAGACCAGAAGGACUUGCAUGGAGAGACCCCAUACCUCAUUAUGUUUGGUCCAGACAUCUGUGGACCCGGCACCAAGAAAGUUCACGUCAUAUUCAACUAUAAAGGAAAAAACUUGCUUAUUAACAAGGACAUUCGUUGUAAAGAUGAUGUUUACACCCACGUUUAUACACUGAUUGUACGUCCAGACAAUACUUAUGAAGUAAAAAUUGACAACGAGAAGGUUGAGAGUGGUGAACUGGAGAAUGAUUGGAACUUCCUGCCUCCUAAGAAAAUCAAGGAUCCUGAAGCUAAAAAACCUGAAGAUUGGGAUGAUAGGGCUAAGAUUGAUGAUCCUGAUGACACCAAACCCGAGGAUUGGGACCAGCCAGAAUAUACCCCAGAUCCUGAUGCCACAAAGCCAGAAGAUUGGGAUGAUGAGAUGGAUGGUGAGUGGGAACCACCAAUGAUAAAUAACCCAGCUUAUAAGGGUGAGUGGAAACCACGACAGAUUGAUAACCCUAAUUACAAGGGACAGUGGAUCCAUCCUGAAAUAGAUAAUCCAGAAUACACUUCCGAUUCCAAGCUCUAUAGGUACACGGAGAUCUGUGCUGUUGGGAUCGAUUUAUGGCAGGUGAAAUCUGGUUCAAUUUUUGAUGACGUACUUGUUACUGACGACCCAGAAUAUGCGAAGACGUUUGCAGAAGAAACAUGGGGAGCUACAAAGGAGGCUGAGAAGAAAAUGAAAGAUAGCCAAGAUGAGGAAGAAAGGAAGAAAGCUGAAGAAGAAGCCAAACAGACUAAGGAAAAGGAGGAGGAUGAAGAGGAAGAGGAUGAAAAUGAGGAGGAAGGAGAAGAGACUUCAGAGACAACUGAGGAACCUCACGAACAUGAAGAGUUGUAAUGUACUAGUGUUAUUUUCAUUCAUUUUCCUUUGCUGUACAUAAAGUCCAAGUCAGGCAGAGCACAGAAUUAUGAAGCUUUUUUUAUUUUUCAUACAGUGAAUACUAUUUAUCGGUCAUUGACAGUCACUAUUACAGUAUAGGGAUGCACAGGUUGUUCUGUCAGAAAUGAAAGUUGUACAUGAUACGUUAAUAAACAAGUUGGUUGUCUCUUG